CAGCCUGCACGCAUGACCACACAGACUCCGGCCGCAGCGAAAAAACGAUAGCUAUGGUGACCGCUUGUGAUUUAGAUUGAUUUCUGCACAUAUUAGAGCGUGUGCUGGACCCAUCUUCCUGCUGUGGCCGUGAAAUAUUGUCCAGGCUUUAUUAAAGGGACCGGGAGAGCCGCCCCAGACCCGCCUCUCUCAUUCACUUUGGACGCAUUUUCCACUAAGUGUCCAUGAUGACGACCAACAGCAGGUACAAGAGCCGUGCGCCCCGGUCAGAUGAUGGAGAGGAAAAAGAGUACGUUGGUUUUGCGACGCUGCCCAACCAGGUGCACAGGAAGUCAGUGAAGAAAGGAUUUGACUUCACUCUCAUGGUGGCAGGUGAGUCCGGCCUGGGUAAAUCCACCUUGGUGAACAGCCUGUUCUUCACUGACCUGAACAAAGACAGAAAGCUACUCAAUGCUGAAGGUGAGUCACGUGUCAGCCAGACGUCUGCUCACACCUCAGACUGCAGCCGCCUCCUUAAACACCUGUGUGUCACUUCAGAGCGAAUCAACCGGACGGUGGAGAUCACAAAGCACACAGUGGACAUCGAGGAGAAGGGGGUGAAGCUCAGGUUGACUAUCGUUGACACCCCGGGCUUCGGAGAUGCUGUCAACAACACUGAGUGCUGGAGGCCCGUCACAGACUACAUCGAUCAACAGUUUGAACAGUACUUCAGAGACGAGAGCGGACUCAACAGGAAGAACAUCCAGGACAGCAGAGUGCACUGCUGCCUCUACUUCAUACCCCCAUUUGGACACGGGCUUCGUCCGGUUGACAUCGAGUUCAUGAAGGCCCUGCAGGACAAAGUCAACGUGGUUCCUCUCGUCGCGAAGGCGGACUGCCUCACUCCCACGGAGAUUAGGAAGCUCAAAGAUCGGCUGAGGGAAGAGAUCGAAAAGAAUGGGAUAAAGAUCUACCAGUUCCCUGACUGUGACUCUGACGAGGACGAGGACAUCAAGCAGCAGGAUAAAGAGCUGAAGGAGAGCACCCCGUUCGCAGUGAUCGGCAGCAAUACCGUGGUCGAAGCCCGAGGUCAGAGGGUGAGAGGGAGGCUCUACCCCUGGGGCGUUGUGGAGGUGGAGAACCCGUCCCACUGUGACUUUGUGAAGCUGAGGACCAUGCUGAUCAGAACCCACAUGCACGACCUAAAGGAUACCACCAGCGACUGUCACUACGAGAGCUACAGAACUCAGUGCAUCCAGAACAUGACCAGUAAGAUGAACGCAGACAAGCGCGUGGAAAGCCCCAUCCCAAUCCUGCCGCUGCCCACGCCAGACGUGGAGACAGAGAAGCUCAUCAAGAAGAAAGACGAAGAACUGAAGAGGAUGCAGCAGAUGCUUCAGAAGAUGCAGCAGCAGAUGCACGGGCAGGACCUGUGACCCCCAACCUCCGGCGUUACAUGUUAGACGUUAAUUUAGGAAACAAAAAUCCCACAAAUAGCACAGAGUUAAACCUUCACUAAUCCCAUCUCUUCAGGGGAUGUCAUGAAGAAGUCUUCAGACGUGUACAACCAAUAUUUAACCUGACUUCCAACACACUGGUCCCAAAGUAGCAGCAGAUGAGUGACAACAUGCAUGAAGGUGUUUAGAAUUACACCGCUGUUUAAUGCAGCCGUAGAUUUAGGAAUACUACAUGAAACUAAUACACCGAACCCUUGACUCGUUUAGUUUAGGUUUUUAGUUUGUGCACCUGCUGCCUGAGAGAUGACACUAGACUGAAAAGUGGCUGAAGGUAUCUCGCUGUUAUGUCGUGGUCGGUUUCCGGUGGCCUCUCAGAGUCGGCGUGUCGUCCCACUAGAACAACAGCGUGACACCUUCAGCCUCCCUUCAGUCUGCAGUAUGCGUGCAUGUGUGCAUGCUCAUACUUUUCCUCUCUGACUUCGAGGAGCAUUUACUCAGUGAAGCCAUGAAUUCUUCAGACAAUCUCCUUAUA